UUUCUACCACCAUCACUCCAACCAUUGUUUCAUUUCCCUCUAAGUAUUCAACCCAAUGAGGAAGAAGAAGACAAUGAUGAAACUAAAAAGAAUAAUGACAUGACUUUGGUUCCAGAAGAAGAAGGAUUGAAUUCAAGACUAUUGUACGAUACUGGAGGUAACUUAAGAUACAUUGGUGAAUCAUCUGCUGGUUCAUUCUUACCUCAAUGUCGAAAGGUUUUCCAAAAGAUUUUAGGUAUUUCCAAAUUCACCCAUGAUCCUCAAAGAUUUUUAAUGAUUGACUCACCAGCAACUAGAGGAAUGAGAGUGCCUGUUAAUUUACCACCAAGAGAUUAUGCAAACCAUUUGAUACAGCUGUUCAAAAAAUAUAUCAAUAAUGUGUCCUAUGUUUUCAAUGAAGAAUAUUUCGAAAAGACUCUUAUCGAAACAGUGUUCAAUAAUCCAUUAAAUGCUACCCCAAAACAACUUUGUCUUGUUUAUUUAAUAUUGGCAAUUGGAUCAAUAUUUGCAAAGAUUGAAUUACAAAGAAGUAUUUUCCCGUUUGCUAUAAAUUAUUUUGUUGAACCUCAUGUGUUUUUCGAAAGUGCUCAGCAUUUACUACAAUCAACUUUAAAUGAUUCAAAUCUUUGGCUAGUGGAGACUUAUUAUUUGAUGUAUUUUUAUGAUGAAUUGAACAUGACAAGAAACACAUCAUGGAUAAACUUAGGUACGGCAAUUAGGUAUGCUCAAGGGUUGGGGAUGCAAAGACGAUAUGUCAAUGAAUCAUUCAAAGAUCCAGAAUAUACCCUUCAUAGGCGGAAAUUAUUUAGAAGUUUGUACAUUGCUGAUCGGUUAUGUGCAAUUCAUUUGGGGAGAUCGUUAACAAUAAAUGAUGUGGAAUGGGAUGAUAAAAACUCAUUGAAUCAGUUCAAUGACUUACAAAAUGAAAUGCUAAAAGUUUGCUUAUUAAAUGGGAAAAUCUUGACAAAAGUUUAUCAUAAUCCAGCAAUUGGUAUGAAGAAUGCUUUGAAGCUAGCUAUUGAAUUGAAGAUCUUUACAGUGAAUAGUUCAAUCAGUAAGAGCUUGAGUUUACAAAACACAUUGAAGUAUAAUGAUAAUCAUGGUUUGUUAUGGCUACAUAUAAAUCAUUUAGACGGGAUUAUAUUAUUGGCAAGACCUUUUUUCUUUUUCAUAAUUUUGAUAAAGUUGAAAUUUAUCAAAUUUGAUGAAGAAUCUAAGAAUUAUUCAAAUUUGAGGAAUUUCUAUCAAUCAUGUAUCAAGGCUUCAUUAUUGACUAUUAAAUUGAUUGAAUUCUAUUUUGUUAACAAUUUACAUCCAUUGAAAGGUUAUACAAUAAUUUCAUGCAGUUUCCAUGCAGGUUUAAUCAUUGGUAUGAUUUUAUUGCUUCAAUCUCAAAACAUUGAUGACAAUUUGUUUGAUUCAAAAGCAAAUGUCAAUGGUGGUGAAAGCUCAAAAGUUGUUUGCAUUAGUGCAAUGAAUUCCACAAUAUCUGUACUAAGACAUUAUGGUGCAAUUGACCCAACUUCUAAAAGAUAUGGUGAAAUAUUGUCAAAUAUGAUGGAUGCUACAAAA